AUGGAGGUUGCUAUGGCGGGGAUCGAGGGGAACGGGGGCCCGGCUGGAUACCGGGACUCUUACCAUUCCACUCACAGGUCACAAUUACGAUCCUCUAAUCUUCCCAAUUCCAGGUCAUUUCCGAAGCUCUCCGAGGAAGACAAUGCCAAUGACGAUGGGAUGGGCCCACCCGGGAACGACUAUGACUGCAGCUGCGAGCGCGUUGUAAUCAACGUCAGCGGUCUGCGGUUCGAGACCCAGCUCAAAACGCUCAACCAGUUUCCCGAUACACUCCUCGGAAACCCGUUGAAGCGAAAUCGCUACUACGACCCACUACGCAACGAGUACUUCUUUGACAGGAACCGACCCAGUUUCGAUGCCAUCCUGUACUUUUACCAGAGCGGCGGGAGAUUGCGUCGUCCGGUGAAUGUACCCCUGGACGUGUUUUCCGAAGAGAUCAAAUUUUACGAGUUAGGCGAGAGUGCCUUCGAGAGGUACAGAGAGGACGAGGGCUUUAUCAAAGAGGAGGAGAAGCCUUUGCCUCAGAAUGAAUUCCAGAGACGUGUUUGGCUGCUGUUUGAGUAUCCGGAGAGCUCAGCCGCCGCCAGACUGUGUGCGAUAUUUUCAGUAGUCAUUAUUCUUUUGUCCAUUGUUAUCUUCUGCCUAGAGACUUUACCACAAUUCAAGCAUUACAGGGUUGUUAAUUCCACGCUCAAUGAUUCUAAAGAGUCCAUUGAAGAGGACGAUAUUCCCAAGUUUAACGAGCCGUUUUUCAUCAUUGAGACCUGCUGUAUAAUAUGGUUUACGUUUGAGCUCCUAGUCCGGUUUGCAUCCUGUCCGGAGAAACUGGGCUUCUUCAAAAACAUCAUGAACUGCAUCGACAUCGUGGCCAUCAUUCCAUACUUCAUCACUCUGGGCACGGUGGUCGCCGACCAGAGCAAGAGCAACAAUCAGGCCAUGUCGCUGGCCAUCCUCAGGGUUAUCCGACUCGUCCGGGUCUUCAGGAUAUUCAAACUUUCCAGACACUCGAAAGGUCUUCAGAUCCUGGGCCAGACCCUGAAGGCCAGCAUGCGGGAGCUGGGUCUGCUCAUCUUCUUCCUCUUCAUCGGUGUCAUCUUGUUUUCCAGCGCGGUCUACUUUGCCGAGGCUGACGCGGAUCAGACUCAUUUCAAAAGUAUUCCCGAUGCGUUCUGGUGGGCGGUGGUCACCAUGACGACGGUCGGCUACGGCGACAUGAUGCCGAUCGGCGUGUGGGGCAAGUUGGUGGGAUCACUGUGUGCCAUUGCCGGCGUGCUGACCAUUGCGCUUCCUGUACCCGUCAUCGUAUCUAAUUUCAAUUACUUUUACCAUCGGGAGGGGGAGAACACGGACAAGGGACAGUACAAGCAUGUGCAGUCAUGCUCCAAUUACCCCGAUAAAAAGGAUUCCCUCGAUUCCGAGUGUGGGUCUGAUAUAAUGGAGAUGGAGGAAGGGAACCACAGCACACCAUUGACCGAAAAGGUCAAGGAGAAUCACGCCAUCAAGGCCAACAACCCCGGCAGUGACUACGGUCUAGAGACUGAUGUAUGA